AUGCCGCCGCCAAAGGAUAUCCCGAACCCUGUUGAGGAUCCCGGGGACUAUAUCAUAACCAGCGACGUAAAUGGCGACACAUAUCCCGAUAUCGACCCGAAACUGCAAGACUUUACAGGCAAAGUAAUUUUCAUUACUGGCGCUUCGGGGGCUCUUGGCCGAGCCGCAGCCUUGUCUUUUGCCAAAGCUGGUGCAUCUAAGAUUGCCCUCGCCGCCCGCACCGACCUGACCCAGGUUUGCAAGGACGUUGAAGCUGCAGCGGAAUCUGCUGGUCGACACAAACCAACGGUCCUGCCCCUGCACAUAGACGUGAAGGAUGAAAACAGCGUGGCAGCGGCAGCCGCCCGAGUAGAGGAGGAGUUCAAAUGCUGUGACGUGGUCAUCAACUACGCUGGAGUAGCUGGCAUCCUCGGCAAGGUAGCAGAAACAGAUACGGCUGAGUGGUGGGACAUGUUCCAGAUAAACCUUUACGGGUCCUACCUCGUCGCCCGGUCGUUUCUUCCACUGCUGGCAAAGGGCGGAGAUGCUCGGUAUCUCAUCUUGGUUGGCAGCGUCUGCGCUCACUUUGCCAUCCCUGGCGUCAGUUCAUACCAUAUUUCGAAGCUGGGCGUCAUUCGGUUGGCGGAGUGCAUCAAUGCAGAAUACGCGGAGCAGGGCAUCACUUGUAUCAGCAUCCAUCCUGGGAACGUCUUCACCAAGCUGGUCCGCGGGAUAUUCGACAAAAUGCCACCUGAGCUCAAGCACGUAUUCACGGAAACCCCCGAGCUCAGCGGCGAUGCCCUCACCUACAUAACGUCAGAGAAGCGUGAGUGGCUCGGUGGUCGAUACGUGAACAUGAUCUGGAACAUGCCAGAGCUCAUGUCGAACGAGGAGGAGAUUGUCGAGAACGAUAAGCUCUUUUUCCGCCUGAAGUGCUAG